AUGAAAAAAGCAAAGCGAUUUUCACGGCAGGGAAUUAGGUUGGACCCUAAGGCUGAACUUGCUGCUUUGUAUCAGUUCGUAUCACAAAAUGAAAAGGGCAACAGAGUCCAAAAAACCCACAGUCCAUGGUUUGCAGCACAGAAAGUCAAACAGUUCAGGGGGUCAAGCGCAGCGCCAGCUGCGGGGAAGAGCGAGCACAGGAGGUCGAAACAGUUCAGGGGGUCUACUAGGAAUCCCGUGGCAAAAACAAAGGGUUCUGGGGCCAACCGCAAUGCCAGCAGCAGCAGAGACGAAGAUGAACAGGAGGCUGACCGUGGUCCCAGCAGUGGUGGCGAAGGCAAGCAGGAGGCCUACCAUGAUGCCACCGGCGGCGCCGAAGAUGAAGACGAGCAGGAGGCCGACCGUGAUCCCAGCAGCAGCGACGGCAAAGACAAAGACGAGCAGGAGGCCAACCGCGAUCCCAGCGGCGGCAAAGACGAAGACAAGCAGGAAGCUGACCGCGAUCCCAGCGCUGGCAGUGGAAACGAAGACGAGCAGGAGGCCGACCGCGGUCCCAGCAGUUGUGACGAGGGGAAUGAAACUGAAGCUGAGGGGGCCAAAGGGGCUAAAGAACCAAUUGAGGGAACUGAAGGGAUCAGGAGGACCAAAGGGACUAAAGCUGAGGGAGCUAGGGCUGAAGGGACUCUGACUGAGACUGGGGACUCUGAAGGGACUAAGAGGCUGACUGAGACUGGAGGAACUAAGGGAGCUAAAAGGACUGAGGGGAGUAAAGCUAUAGGGGAAGGUGGAACUGAGGGGACUAAAGGGACCAAAGGGGCUAAGGAGUUAACUGAGGGAAAUGAAGGGAUUGAAGCCAAAGCUGAGAGGCCUAAAGCUACAGGGGGAGGUGAGGGGACUAAAGGGACCAAAACUAUUGCGAAAGCUGAAGGAACUGAAGCUGAGGGAGCUGGGGGAACUGAGGGGGCUAAAGGGAGCAAGCUACUGAGGGGACCCAAGGGAGCAAAAGCUAAAGGGACUGAGGGAUCUAAAAGGACCAAACUGACUGAAGCUACGGAGGGAGCUGAAGCGGGCGAAGGGGCUAAAGAGGGAACUAAAGGGAUCAAAGAGGCUAAAAAGGAGGGAACUGAAACUACUGACUCUGAUGUGGAUGAGGGGACCGAAGGGACUAAAGGGACCAAAGGGACUGGAGAAACUGAGGAGACUGAAGCCAAAGCUGAGACUAAGGGGACUGAAACUGAGGUGCUAACUGAAGGGCCCGAAGGAGCUAAUGCUGAAGGGCCUGAAGGGACUGAGGCAGCAGAGGAGGCUAAGGGGACUGAGGCGACCGAAACUGAGGGGAUUGGAGUUUGA